CUUCCGGUCGCGGUGGCCCGCAGCUGGCGGCGGGGCCCGGCGCCCGCUCAGCCCGCCCCCUCUCGGCCGCCCCGCCCGCCCCGCCGCGCCGGCCGCUGUCAGACGCGCGGUGUAUGCUGAGCAGCUGUCGUCGCCGGCUGCUGCACGUCCAGGUCUCGAGCUCCCCGCUGCUGACCCGUGGACUGUGGCUCUGUCCUAGCAGCCUCAUGAAGCCGUUGGUCGUGUUCGUUUUGGGCGGGCCCGGUGCGGGCAAGGGGACCCAGUGCGCGCGCAUUGUCGAGAAAUAUGGCUACACACACCUUUCUGCUGGAGAGCUUCUUCGUGAUGAAAGGAAAAAUCCAGAUUCACAGUAUGGUGAACUUAUUGAAAAGUACAUUAAAGAAGGAAAGAUUGUGCCAGUUGAGAUAACCAUCAGUUUAUUAAAGAGGGAAAUGGACCAAACAAUGGCUGCCAAUGCUCAGAAGAAUAAAUUCUUGAUUGAUGGAUUUCCAAGAAAUCAAGAUAACCUUCAAGGUUGGAACAAGACCAUGGAUGGGAAGGCAGAUGUAUCUUUUGUUCUGUUUUUUGACUGUAAUAAUGAGAUCUGUAUUGAACGGUGUCUUGAAAGGGGAAAAAGCAGCGGUAGGAGCGAUGACAACAGAGACAGCUUGGAAAAGAGAAUUCAGACUUAUCUUCAGUCAACGAAACCAAUUAUUGACUUAUAUGAAGAAAUGGGGAAAGUCAAGAAGAUAGAUGCUUCUAAGUCUGUUGAUGAAGUUUUUGGUGAAGUUGUGAAGAUUUUUGACAAAGAAGGCUAACUAACCCUGAAAAAACAUCUUUGAAAUCAUGCUUGAAUAUUGCUUUGAUAGCUGCUAUCACAGCCCCCUUUUAAGGCAAUUUUAAUCUUUCAAAAUUACAUCUCAAUUAAUGUCUAGAAAUAUAUAGUAAGACAAAUUAUGUGUUAUUUUUAAUUUGUGGUCACAGUACACAGUGAAUUCAGGUUUAAUCAUCUUAGGUAUUAUGGUGCUCACAAAAUGAAGAAGGGUAUCAACUAGUUCUUGUUUGUAUUAAAAGACUACCCCUUUUAUGUUUGUGCCUUCUGUGAGCAAAAUUUUUUAGUAUGCAUGUAUAUCCAUUUUGUAAUUGUAAUGUGUUAGGAUUUGGAAAUUCUACUUCCUUUUGCUGCACAUUUAAGAUUUCCAACCUGUUAAGUGAAUCUGUGGACCAAAUUUAAAGGAACUUUAUGUAUAGUCAGUUCUUGCACAAGGUGUUUAGUAAAACUCAUAAAAUGGAUUCCUAGCAAUGCUCUAGUAUUUAUCAAAUGACUGACCAUUUUCUGUGGAAAGUUAAAAUUUAGGCAUUGAUUUAUUACAGCUUGUGCAAAGUUGUGUGACAGGGCAGUCUUUGCUUUCAAGGUUUGGGUCAGGGACAGGGGCUUCAGAGGCUGAUAGGAUUGUCAGCCCUCUUCUGACAUAAACUGUGGGGCAAGGGUCUACUGACUUGUGUUCCUAUGCUCUGUGACAUAGGACUAGCCAUCAUUAAACUGAUGUUAACACAGUUCCUAGGCCCUCAACACACAUGUGCUAGUUUAUGUUAAUGUGGUUCAGUUCUUGUUUUAGUAACACUUCAGGGUUUUUGUUUUGUUUCUUAGACUAAAUGUGGAGUCAGAAUAAAUUAGAAAAAACAAUCUAAUGGUUAAAAUUCCCAUUUGUAUUUUAUUUUCUGGAAUACAUUUUUUCAUGGUUACUUGUUUUAAAAAGAUUUUAAAAAUCAUUGCACUUUGGUCAGAAAAAUAAUAAAUAUAUCUUAUAAAUGUUUGAUUCCCUUCCUGCCUGCUUUGUUCAAUAAAGUCUGAGAGUCCAAAUGA